GAUCCUUGUUUGGUUGCCCAGAAAAUCAAAGAGGAAAAAAAAAGUGGAGCUUUGUUGUUUGUGGCAGAAGAAUCAUGGCUUUCUUUGCGUGCUAAACAUUCAGUGACCAAACUUCGUUUUAAGCAAUCAUGAGAUUCAAGAAGGGAACUAAAGUGGAAGUGUUGAGCAAAUCAUCGGUUCCAGCUGGUGCUUGGCGAUCUGCAGAGAUAAUAUCGGGAAAUGGGCAUUAUUACACGGUCGCGUAUGAUAGUGAAGCUGGUACAGAGAGGGUACCGAGGAAGAGUAUGAGGCCUGAGCCUCCUCCUUUACAAGUCCUGGAUUCUUGGGCUCCUGGUGACAUUCUUGAGGUUUUCGAAAACUGUUCGUGGAAGAUUGCAGUCGUUUCCAAAGUUUUGGAAAAAGAUUGUUUCUUGAUUAGAUUACUUGGUUCCUCACUGAAGGUCAAGGCAAACAAAUCCGACAUUCGGGUUAGACAAUCUUGGCAAGAUAACGAGUGGAUCAUGAUCGGGCAGGGUACAUCAAGGUUAAGCGCACAGACUUCAACAGGAAAACAAUUAAGGAGAAAGGAGAAUCAGAAAGGGGACUAUACUUCAUGUAAGAGCAAAGACAAGCUUGAUGAGUCUGAUGUGUAUUCGCCAAAAGGUCCAAAGAAACGGACCUACUCAUUGGUUGAACCAGACAAUCAAACUUCACAAUCCGAAAAAAUUGGCAGAUUAGGUAGAGCUGCUUUAGCUGCUUCUCCACCAAAGUUUCUUAAAGGAAAAACAGAAGAAGAAGAUAGAGAGAGUGUUGCUUCUUCUGUUGGUAGUUGUAGCAUGGACGAUAUGGAUGAUCUCAGUGCUGUCUCUUUCAGUCCCAUUGAAACCGGUAACUCCAGUGACACAGAGUCAUCUUCUUGUGGCUACGGAAGCAUCAAGAAGUUGGGUUUUCCAAGAAAAGGCUCAGAGGCUGAUGAUGUUCAUAGGUUAGAGUUGGAUGCAUACCGAUGCAGCAUCGAGAGACUGCACGCAUCGGGGCCAAUUAUAACAUGGGAACAAGAAACGUGGAUCACAAAUCUCCGUCUGAGACUGAACAUUUCGAAUGAGGAACAUCUGAUGCAGAUAAGAAACCUUAUCUCUGAUGAUAACAGUACAAUAUUCAGAUAGCAGCAUCAAUGUCAACUACAAUUUGUGUUACAUAGAAUAAAAAUUGAGGGUAGGUUGUACAAAUGUCACUCUAUUUUUCAGCCAGGAUAUUUGAAUCUUUUUGUUGUUGUUCCGAGCUUGUAACUAUGUAAAUAUGAAUAUGUU